AUGUCUCGACGAGCUCUGUUGAGCGUCCCUCGCACCGUCGCCUCCUCGGUCCAAAUCUCCGUCCGACCCUCUCUCGCCUCCCAGACUGCCUCGCCAUUCCUCAGACCAGCUGUUUCGCGGCCGUCGCAGAGACGAUCAUACCAUGAAAAAGUGUUGGAUCAUUACUCGAACCCUCGAAAUGUCGGUUCCAUGGACAAGGGUGCUGUAGAUGUUGGGACCGGUCUUGUUGGCGCCCCAGCUUGCGGUGAUGUGAUGAAAUUGCAGAUCAAAGUCGACCCUGACACCCAGACCAUCUCCGAUGUCAAGUUCAAGACGUUUGGCUGCGGCUCAGCCAUCGCCUCCUCGUCGUACCUGACCGAACUCGUUCGAGGCAUGACCCUCGAACAAGCAGGGAAGAUCCGAAACACAGAGAUUGCCAAAGAGUUGUGUCUUCCGCCUGUCAAGCUGCAUUGUUCCAUGCUGGCUGAGGACGCCAUUAAAUCCGCCAUCUCGAACUACUACCAGAAGAAUCCCAAAGCGAAGGCCACAGACCUGGGCAGCGCUUCGGCACAGAUGCCCAAGAUCGAGAUUGAAAGGGUGACCGCGACAACGGAUACCGGGGCAAGCGCCACCGCAUAA